CAGGAGGCUGAUGUGAUAACCCAGCGGUUGGAGAUGAGGGUGCCACUGCAGAAAGGCACUGGGUCCACGUAGUGAGUGUCCAUCAGUGAAACCAACCAUGGCGUCGACCCUGUAAAUAUAGCGGCGACUUCCUUAUAAGUGACCUUUGAAUAUGUGACCUUGACCUGAGUUAAUUGUUACCUGGCUCGGCUACGUGACCUCCGGCUAUCUUGUCGUCCACAUCAGAGGUUCUGGCGAAAUCCGAAUCUGUUGGAUGAAGGAGGAGGAAGAGAAAGAGGAAGAGGAAGGGGAAGAUGAUUAUUACUUCAUAUAUCAAUGCGUGAAGCACAAGCCGAAUGUAGAUGAACCAGGAGAAUCUACCACUACCACUGUCAAGAACAAGAUUUAGAUCGCCUCCCUCCACUUGUGUUAUUAUGAGACACGUGCCUGCCUGUCUGUCUGCUGGGUGAGUGGUGGUCCGGUGGAAGAAGGAACUAAGGAGUUAAACAGACCAAAGAAUCUAGAAACACUCAGAAGAAAGGAGAAGGAUGAAGCCACAAUACUUGGUAGUGGACACAGCGGCUCUGGUGAAAUAUGUCCCUCUGUGGGAGUAUGGGGAGCAGCUGUACAGUGUGCCGGAGAUCAUCAGUGAGAUCAGGGACAAAGAAACUCGACGGAGGCUAGAGGCCCUGCCCUUUCCCAUCACCAUGCGUCAACCUCAACCUCACUCCAUAAAAUUUGUAAAUGAGUUCUCCAAGAAGACUGGGGACUAUGCCAGCCUCUCCCUGGCCGACAUUAAGGUGCUGGCACUCACUUACGAGCUGGAGGUGGAGGUGCAGGGCGGCAACAGUCACCUUAACUCAGAGCCUCACAAGAUAUUGACAGAGGGCGCUGCCACCAAGGGCCGACAGAGGGAGGAGUUCAAUGACCCCCCAGAGCAGUGUGAGGAGAGGCUGGAUCCCUUGAGGGGCACCACCCCUCCACUGAAUACAGGAGCAAAAGCUUCAAACACCCUCAUGGACCGACACCUGGUGGCACUGGACACAUUCCUCUUGGACCACUCGUACAUCACAGGAUACACUCCAUGCACUGUAGACAUCACCCUGCAGCAAUAUGUCAUGAAGCAGUAUCCUCAGCUGUGCCUGGAGUCUCAGAGCAAGUGUAAACCCUUGGACCUAUACAUGCGUGAAAUCUUUCCACUGCCACUGCCCAAGUUGUUCCCUCACCUGAGUCGAUGGGUGACACACAUAAGCAGCAUUAGUGAGGGAGAGGCCGCUAUGCUUCCAAGGAGUGACCAGACAGUUGACAAGAUCCUUCAUGCCCUCUUGCAACUGUUGAAGGAAGAAGAGAAGGAGGUAGAGAAGUGUGCACUGAGAGAAGACACUGAGACAGAUGACACUCAGACACAUGAAGGCUUAGAAUUAGAACCCUUUGGAGAGGAAGAGGGAAACUGUGCAUCCCAAGAAAAUGGGGAAGAUAGUGAUGCAGCUGAAAAGAAUGGUGAGGAGAGCAAUGAAAAAGAAGAGGACACAGAUGAUGAUGAUGAUGGUGGUGGUUGGAUCACCUGUGAGAAUAUAAAAAAACACAAAGGCAAGAGGAACAUCUUUGGCACUGUGGAAGAGGAAGAAGAAGAGGACAAGGAUGUUCAGGUGGCUUGCAUUACAGGAGACUUUGCCAUGCAGAACGUGUUGAAGCACAUUGGACUGUCAGUGAUGGGAGUGGAUGGGCAUCUCAUCAAGCAGUUGAAGACUUACAUCCUGCGGUGUCAUGCUUGCUUCAGAACCACAUCCGCCAUGGACAAGAUCUUUUGUCCACACUGUGGCAACAAAACCCUGAAGAAGGUGUCGGUGACCUUGGAUCCUGAUGGGACACAAAGGAUAUGGAUCAACACCAAGAGACCAAUAAACAAGAAAGGAAUGAAGUACUCGCUCCCAACGCCAAAAGGAGGAAAACACGCCCGCAACCCCAUCUUGGUGGCCGACCAACGGGAGGCAAAGAAAUUCUCUAGCAAGAUGAGCAGAAAGAAGAUUAAUCCUCUGCAUGAAGAUUACAACCCAGCUGAUCAGACACCUUUUGCCGUGAGGGAUGUGUAUUCCAGGGCUGCUCAACUGGGUUACAUUGGAGGAAAGAACCAUCAUCACUUCUACUGGGAGAAAAGAAACCCAAAUGAACCACAAAGGAGAACUGGCAAGAAAUAGAGGUGUGUGUGGAUUGAGGGCCAUCACAUCCUGCACCCAAGGCUUGAAGAGCAGAUUAGUGGCACCAGCUGCUGCUGCUGUUGAUGGUAGAUGUUGCUGCCAAGCAAUUCAUCCAGGAACCAGUCAUUUAUAUAUUUUUUGAAUAUGAAUCCACUAAAUAAAAAUGUUAAAGAUUC